AUGUCUUACGUUGAGACAACUUCGAGCGCUCAAAAGACAGUUGAAUUUAUAGAAAGUAAACAAGCCAGCAAGCUCCUGAUGCAUAAACGACCAAAGUCACAUGUUAACAAUAGCUCUGAACUUAAAAAGAAAUUAGAGUUGAUACAAGUGCCGCCAGAUUUUAUUUUAAUGUCUCUUGAUGUGACCUCGCUUUUUACCAACAUACCUCUACGUCUAGUUUUGGACAGCCUUGACAAGAGAUACAAUGAUUUGACACGUUCAAGACAAAUAGAUGGUACAUCUAUGGGUAGUCCAAUCUCGCCGUUGGUGAGUGACAUCGUGAUAGGAGACCUCGAAGAGACUUGUCUCGAAGAAUUAUCGAAGGAAGGCUGCAAUCCGAUGUUCUUUUUCAGAUAUGUGGAUGACUUUGUUUUGUGUAUCCAUCGUAAUCACGUAGAUUGGGUAGUUAAACAAUUUACCUCUUAUGACCCUAGUUUACAGUUGACGUUUGAAUUGGAGGAGAAUAGACGCAUAAACUUUCCACAUUUGACGCUGAUAGUAAGAGAAUAUUUUAUCAUCACAGACUGGUAUCAGAAACCCAUCAACAUUUUAACGCAAGAUACACUACCCAACAAAAGAUCGCUAUAUAUCUUCAAGAGACCGUGGAAGAUUAAAACCAACAACGAGAACAAAAAGAGUCCCCCCAAGGUAGAUGAGACGGGACCAUCCGAGGAAGCGAGGACCUGGACCCAGCAGCAACAGCCCAAGCGAGCCACCAAACAAUCCCCGGAGGAUGAGUUCUCGGCGGUGAGCUACACGGCGGGGCCAUCGUAUCAUUAUUGCAUAUUGUCGGUGUCUGAUACGCUCCUUACGAGCUACGUUGUCGCGUCGGCCGUCGACGGUCUGGUAGACCCUGGACGUACAAGGAACGAACCUGCAGCCAAAAGGACAGACGUAACCGACGAGGUACGUCAGGAGCACAAGAACACAGAGAAAUGCAAAUCAGUAUUUGCAGUAUAUAUGGAAGAACAUGAAAAGGAUGACCACCAAAUGCAUUGGGAGAAUGUUAAAAUAUUAGACUACGAAAAUAAUCUACAUAGAAGAAAAGUAGCGGAAAUGGUAUACACCAACACCAACAAGAACACGAUAAAUAAACAAGAAGAUACUGAAUUAUUAAAUGAUAUUUACUUUAACAUCUUGAAUAUGUUGUAG